AUGGUUUUGAAAGAGGCUUAUCCGGAUUUAUUUUUUGCAUCCCGGCUUAAAAAUGUUUCGGUGGCGGCCAUGGGAGGGUGGUUGGAGGAGGAAUGGAAAUGGGGAGAUUUAGGCCUUCCCAGUUCCGUGAUGGAGGAUCCAUCUCUUAGGGGGCUUCGGUUGUCCUUAAUGAGUCGCUUGGAAAAUUUCAAAGGUUGGUCGGUAGGCAAGGAUACCGUGGUUUGGAAUAGUAAUUCCGAGGGGGUUUUUUCGGUAUCGUCUUGCUAUGAGCUCUAUGAAAAUUCCUAUAUUCCUUUUGGUCCCCAUCCUAAGCACGUGGAGGCCUUUGAUUUAGUGUGGGCUAUGGAUGUUCCUUUUAAAAUAAAGGCGUUUGGUUGGAGGCUAUUUCACAAUAGGCUUCCUAUGAAGGAUUUUUUGGAGUUGCGAGGUAUGUCUUUGUCCGCGGAUGAUUUAAAGUGUAUACUUUGUGGUGUGAGUAAGGAGAAUAGCGAUCAUUUAUUUUUUGGUUGUUUGGUGGUGAAAAAUAUUUGGAAUGAAAUAGCUUUUUGGGUGGGUAAAGGGGCUUUUUCCGUUGAAGAGUGCUUCUCAAAUUUUAUGGAUUGGCACUUGUUUUUUCAUAGUAAAUUGGUGUUGAAUAGAAAGUUGGAUAUUAUUUGGUUUGCUACAACUUGGUGCCUUUGGUUGGUUAGAAAUGGCGCUUGUUUUCGCAAAGAGGCUUAG